CACUGUUGGCAGUGCAGAAAGGGCGAGAGAAGGCUGCUGGAGCCGUCCAGGAGAUUUUAUUGUUUUGCAUUUUAACUAACAAGGCUUUUCGGCAAAUAUAUAUUUUUCCAACUUCAGCUACAGUGAUAGCUAAGUUUGGAAAGGAGAAAGGGGAGCUUUGGAGUGCGUUUAUCGAAAAUUCAAUGAACCGAGUAUCGCCUGCAUCGAAAAAGCCUGUACAAAGGGAAAUAAAUAUUGACUAAAUUAUUUUGAGAAAAAAAAAUACAAAUGGAUAACGCGGGACCUAAGAAACGUUAUUGUGAAUCUGUCCAAUCUUUCUUCACAUCGCCAAAGUUCCUUAUUUACCUUGGACAUGCCCUCUCCACAUGGGGAGAUCGUAUGUGGAAUUUCGCUGUAGCUGUAUUUCUGGUGGGGCUGUAUGGCAAUAGCCUCCUGCUCACGGCUGUGUACGGACUGGUGGUGGCAGGGUCAGUCCUGCUGCUCGGAGCCAUUAUCGGUGACUGGGUGGAUAAAAACCCCAGACUCAAAGUGGCCCAGACUUCACUGGUUGUCCAGAACUGUGCCGUCAUACUGUGUGGGAUCCUCUUGAUGGUGGUUUUCCAGUUCAAAGAACAGCUCUCAGAGUUAUAUAAUGGAUGGGUUCUGACAUGCUGCUAUAUCUUGGUCAUCUCCAUAGCCAACAUUGCUAACUUGGCCAGUACUGCCAUGUCCAUUACUAUCCAGAGAGACUGGGUGGUGGUUGUGGCUGGACAGGACAGCAGCAAGCUGGCAGACAUGAAUGCCACAGUACGGAUCAUCGACCAGCUAACAAACAUCCUGGCGCCUAUGUUGGUGGGCCAGAUCAUGGCUUUCUGCUCCAACUUUAUUGGCUGCGGCUUCAUUGCCGGCUGGAACCUGUGCUCUAUGUGCUUGGAGUACUGUCUGCUGUGGAAAGUCUACCAGAAAACUCCAGCACUGGCCAUGAAGGCUGUCAAGAAAGAAGACUACCAGGAACUGAAACGACUGAACUCCCCAAAAGAGCUAGAGAACGGCCAGGGCCCAGUGGAGGGCUCCCAGCUCAUGAACGAGACUGCUGUCGUCAAGGCCGACUCUCCCAGGAAGACUGGCUGCUGCUACCAGAUGGCGGAGCCCCUGCGCACCAUCCGCGAUGGCUGGGUGGCCUACUACAACCAGUCCAUCUUCUUCGCUGGCAUGUCCCUGGCUUUCCUCUACAUGACAGUGCUGGGCUUUGACUGCAUUACCACAGGCUAUGCCUACAUGCAGGGCCUCAACGGCUCUGUGCUCAGCCUGCUGAUGGGCGCCUCAGCCGUGUCGGGCAUCUGUGGCACGGUAGCCUUUACCUGGGUUCGCAAGAGCUGUGGCCUGAUCCGCACAGGUUUCAUCUCGGGUGUGGUGCAGCUCUCCUGCCUAAUGCUGUGCGUGGCGUCCGUCUUCGCACCAGGCAGCCCCUUUGACCUCAGUGUCUCGCCUUUCCAGGACAUCUAUAGCCACCUGACUGGGAAGAGCAGCGCCCUGCCCGAGGCCGCCUACCCGACUAGCGUGCUAACCAUCGAUGGUCAGGGUCUGCUGGUUAAUAGUUCGACCGUGCCGCCCACCGAGGAACUGCCGCCUCUGCAGUCCUACAUGUCAGUCAGCCUGCUGUUUUCUGGGGUCAUUGCUGCUAGAAUUGGUCUAUGGUCCUUUGACUUAACCGUGACCCAGCUCAUCCAAGAGAAUGUGAUCGAGUCGGAGAGGGGACUGAUCAACGGCGUCCAGAACUCCAUGAACUACCUCCUAGACCUUCUGCAUUUCAUCAUGGUGAUUCUGGCGCCCAACCCAGAGGCCUUCGGCCUGCUUGUCAUCCUCUCCGUCUCAUUCGUGGCUAUGGGCCACAUAAUGUACUUCAGGUUUGCCUUUAAGAGCCUCGGGCGGCGCCUCUUCCUCUGCUGCUCUCCAGAGCAGCAGACUCAGGCACUCCCCGGCUCUCCCUCCUUGCUUCCCACCACGGUGUAACCCAUUAAAGAGACUCUUUCCCUGCUUACAGCUCUGUCUGCAGUACAAAUACCCCCUUCUCCUCCAGCCCCCUAGUCAUACUUGUAGCCCCGGCAGGACUAAUGUAUUUACUUUUGCGCCUGACCCUAGCAGGUGCUGUCCUUUGUCAUUGUAGAUAGCAUUUACCGUUCGCUGAGGGAGGGUAGUGCGGCCGCAGACAUAGAGAAGGAGUCUCAGACAAACAACCCAGAUCAUGAGGUCAUAAGUGUCACAAAAAUACCACUUCCCUACUUCCAAUAUUUAAAAAUGUAGCAGUCUUGUCAUGCAUUCAGCUUAAAAGCUAAAUUCAAAUGUGGAAAAUUGCAGGUAUUGCCACUUGCAGUUACUACGGUUAUAGCUGGGUACUGCUCAAGUAUGUGCUAGUGCUGUUUGCAUCUCAUUACAGCUCUGCAUCAGCCGUGGGAUUCCCAUUUCCACUUUGAAGCCAUUUGUUUCUCAGUAGUUUAUUGGUGCUAUAAAUCAUUUGUGUUAGUAUUUGUUAUUUCAGCUUUAGUAAUUAAUGCUUUAGAUGAUCAGUUCUUGCUCAUUUCUCUUUAAUACAUGGUUAUAAGGGUUAUGCAAAUGUAUUUAUUCAAGGAGCGCAAAUACUUAUGUUUAUCUAUACAUGGAGUGUACAAAAUAUUAGAGACACCUGCUCUUUCUAUGACGGACUGACCAGGUGAACGUUACGAUCCUUAUUGGUGAUACCUAAAUCCACUUCAAAGACAGGUUAAAGAAGGAUUUUAAGCCAUGAGAUAGACAUGGAUUGUGUGUGUGUGCCAUGGAGGAUGAAUAGGCAAGACAAAAUAUUUAAGUUCCUUUGAACGGGGUAUUGUAGUAGAUGCCAG